AUGGAAUUGAUAAUAUGCUAGUUUUAGUUACUGGAUAAUCUCUCGUCAUCAGCUCUGCUUUUCUAGUCUCACUGCAAAACUUUCUCUUAAAUGCCAGGAACCAUCCAAGUUUCAGUUCUGGAUUUCAAGGGUCUCCACUCAUCACCACCAUCUUCACAAAUAUCAAUAAAAGUUUCCAUAGGAAAAAGAGAGUACCAGACUUGGGACAAGGGGGAAUUCUCAUUUCCCCUGACAACCCUUCGUGACAAUUUGAUUAUAAUACUUCAAGAUGCUGAGGGAAAUGAGAUUUCUCAUACAGGAGUUGAGACCAAAUUGGUGGUUGAGAAAGGGGUGUGGGAUGACAUAUUUUCUCUUGAAGGAGGUGGGCAUGUACAUAUGAAGUUGCAGUUUGUCCUCUGUGAAGAGGAGCACCGGAGAAUCCGGAUAAUGAGAGAAUCUGCACUAAAGAAGAAACAUGAAGAGCUUUGCAAUAGUGGUCAUGGAAAUCACAAAAGCGCUUCUGUCAGUUAUAGUGAAGUUUCACGUUCGAUCUUGCUUACUCAACUUUCAUUUUCCUUUUUCCCUGAAAUGCUUUUUCUUGAUGUAUUGAGUGCUCCCUCUUCUCAAGGUUCACAAGGGAGUUUAUUCCAAAGUGGAUUGCUAGCCAAUGAAGCCAGUCUAGUGUCUGUCUCUUUUAAUGACCCCAAGGAUGCCAAAUUCGAUAUUGGCAACAGAGAUAGAAGUUACUCUAUUCAGAAGCAAAAGAGCACAGAUUCAGUUCCUUCAGAACUAGAGAAGGCUAAUAACUCCGAGAAACAGGGACCAGUAAGGAAAGCCCAUAGCCAUGUAAGGAAAAUGAUAAGUGCUUUUGAGGGUAGACUAAAUCAGGAUGUGAAACCUUCUAUUAAGCCACCACCGAAACUAUCUCAGACAAGAAAGAUUGAAGUGGACUCUUCUCUAGCAAAUUCACAUCUUAAUGAAGUUGAGAUGGAAAAGAUCAUGCCACCAAAGGUUAAUGCUGAUGCUGGCACCACCAUUGAGGUGAAUAAAGAUGGGCAGACUUCUUCACAAAAGUUAAGACCAAGGGUCGAGAAUUCCACGAAUCCUGAAGACUCCACAGGACCUGUUGGACAGCUGAUUAAAGUCAUAAUCAUGGUGGGCUUUGCAACACUGGUUCUCCUAACAAGAAGGACAUGCAGAUAAAGUCAGUUGCUGAGAAAUCUAUGGCAUUACUCAACAGUUUUGUUAAUUUUCUUUUCCUUUUUGUUGAAAUAAUCAUCAUCCAGAAGUACAUGUGUAAAUCUAUUUUUCCCCGAUGGAUCCUGGCAAUGGCAGCUUUACUUGGAGGGUCACCUUCACCAAGUUCUAUAAUGGUUCAAACCAGGACCAGUGCAAUGCCCACCACCCAAAACCAGUGGUACUCAUAACACCAGUGUAAAAGAGAUGUAAAUUUGUGUUAAUAUUCAAUCCUUAAGAAAUUUCUUAUUUCCAUCCAUAUCAUCCUCAGUAAUGUCCUAACAUUCAUGCAUAAAUUUUGUAAUAAUGAAUUAAAUUUAUUAAAAUAAACAAUAUUUGCUCAUCUUAAUUAAGUAU